GACAGUAGCGAGCCGCACCCGCUGCCAUGGAGCGGAGGGUCGGGAACAGGUACCGGCUGGGCCGCAAGAUCGGCAGCGGCUCCUUCGGAGACAUCUAUCUCGGCACGGACAUUGCUGCAGGUGAAGAAGUUGCCAUCAAGCUAGAAUGUGUUAAAACCAAACAUCCUCAGCUCCACAUUGAGAGCAAGAUCUACAAAAUGAUGCAGGGAGGAGUGGGCAUCCCAACCAUCAGAUGGUGUGGGGCUGAGGGGGACUACAAUGUCAUGGUGAUGGAGCUACUGGGACCCAGCUUGGAAGACCUCUUCAACUUCUGUUCAAGGAAGUUUAGUCUCAAAACUGUUCUGUUGCUUGCUGACCAAAUGAUAAGUCGUAUUGAGUACAUUCAUUCGAAGAAUUUUAUCCACCGAGAUGUGAAGCCAGAUAACUUCCUCAUGGGGCUGGGAAAGAAAGGCAACCUGGUUUACAUCAUUGACUUCGGGCUGGCCAAGAAGUAUCGGGAUGCCCGCACCCACCAGCAUAUCCCCUACCGAGAGAACAAGAACCUCACAGGGACGGCACGCUCUGCCUCCAUCAACACGCACCUUGGCAUUGAACAAUCUCGAAGGGAUGACUUGGAGUCUCUGGGGUACGUGCUGAUGUACUUCAACCUGGGCUCUCUCCCCUGGCAGGGGCUGAAGGCCGCCACCAAGAGGCAGAAGUAUGAGAGGAUCAGUGAGAAGAAGAUGUCCACUCCCAUUGAAGUGCUGUGCAAGGGCUAUCCUUCUGAAUUUGCCACAUACCUGAAUUUCUGCCGUUCCUUACGUUUUGAUGACAAACCUGACUACUCCUACCUGAGACAGCUCUUCAGAAAUCUGUUCCAUCGCCAGGGCUUCUCCUACGACUAUGUGUUCGACUGGAACAUGCUCAAAUUUGGUGCCAGCCGAGCUGCAGAUGAUGCUGAGCGGGAACGCCAGGACCGAGAGGAACGAUUAAGACACUCCCGGAAUCCAGCCACGCGUGGCCUCCCUUCUACAGCUUCCGGCCGCCUGCGGGGAACCCAGGAAGUGGCUCCUCCAACGCCCCUUACCCCUACCUCACACACGGCCAACACCUCUCCUCGGCCCGUCUCUGGCAUGGAACGAGAAAGGAAAGUGAGUAUGCGGCUGCACCGUGGGACGCCUGUCAACGUCUCCUCGUCUGACCUCACGGGCCGACAAGAUACCUCUCGCAUGUCCACCUCACAGAAUAGCAUUCCUUUCGAACACCACGGCAAGUAGCUGCUCAUCUCCAUCGGAAGGCAGCACUGGAUUCCCGGUCGGGUGGCUUCCAGUGGUCUUCAGUCUGUCGUGCACCGAUGAGAACUCUCCUUUUUGCUGUGAAGGGCAGACAAUGCAUGGCUGAUCUCCUCUGUUACCAAUGGCUUUACUAGUGACACGCCCCCAGG